UUCGCGUUGACGGACGUUCCACCACUUGAAUCACAAAUAGUUCAUAACUUUAUAGUUUCCGACUCCGUUGCGUGUUGCUGCAGAUUACUUUUCGUAUUCUUUAAAUUGUUCUUGAGUGAUUCCUCUGCGCAAAAUGAUUAAAUCCGUGUGCUUAAUAAUUCUGAUCCAAGCGCUUUGGACAGUACAGGCUGAAUCCCCCGCCUAUAUUAAACAAUGCCGCAGGGAUGAUCCGAAAUUGGUAGACUGUUUUAUUGGAGCAAUUGAACACCUGAAGCCCUACCUGGCAAAUGGCAUUCCCGAUAUCCAGCUGCCGUCUGUGGAGCCUUUCAAGAUGGAUACUCUGGCCUUGCAGUUAACAGAGGGUCCCCAGGGAUAUAAGAUCACCCUGAAGAACAUGGAGGCCUUCGGGGCGAGCAACUUCCAGGUGAAAUCCCUGAAACUGAGCGAAGGCAGCGAGCCCUUCAAGGCGAAAAUCGUGAUGCCCAAGCUGAAGAUCGAGGCUAAGUACACCAGCUCCGGGGUCCUUUUGAUCCUGCCAGCCUCCGGAGGGGGAGACUUCCACGCCAAUUUCGAGGGUGUGAGUGCCGAUCUCACGGGAAAGACUUCGAUCCACGCGUCCAAAGGCGUAAACUAUCUUCACAUCGAUGCUCUCAGCUUGGUUCUUGAUGUGAAGGAUGUCAAAAUGAGCAUCUCCGGCGCCUUUAAUAACAACCGUAUUCUGCUGGAGGCCACCAAUCUUUUCUUGCGCGAAAACUCUCAAGUGGUUUUGGAGGCCAUGCAGGCGCAACUGCAGAAGAAGCUGGCCAGUGAAUUUGGAAAACUCGCCAACCAGUUGCUAAAGAAUGUUCCUAUCGAGCAGUUCUACGUGGACUAGAUUUAAGUGUUAUAGAUCCUAGCUAGUUAGUCUAAGCUAAGAUUCAAUAAGUGUAAAUUACUCUAAUGCUAUGAACGAUAUGCACGAUUUCUAUAGCAAGCAGACAUAGUGAUAAUGGCAAAGUCUGCGGGAAUCCGUCAAAACAUGAUCAAAUACAAAUGAUGCAUAACUACAUGGAAAUAAUACGAAGUAUUAUUAGAAACUAAAACGCCGUGAUAUUCUUUGUGCACAAAAAUAGACCAAGCUAAAAAAUGAUAGCCAGAUAAAUUUUAAAGUUAUACUUUUGAUUGGCAUGCAGACGUUGAAUAUGUUAUUAUUUGGUAAUACACACAUUAAAUACAUAUGUACAUUGUACAAUUUAUAAGAUCA